CCCCUCCGCCCUGCGACCUUAAAGCCGGCGUCUGGGCUGUGCCCGAUUCGUUUCUAGGAUGGCAUGGAUUUAGGCAGCGACCCCUGCAGCAGCCGCUCCAGCCCGGAAUCCAGUUCCAGCAAAGUGACCCCUUGCUCGGAAUGCAAAUCUUCCCCAUCCCCUACCAGCCUAGACUUGGCUGCUUUGGAGGACUCGGAGGAAGAAGAGGACGAGGAGGAGGAGGACUUCCAGGUGUACAACAAGAGGAAGGUGAUUGAUGUGUGGGAAGAAGAGGAGGAGGAGGAGGCCGGGGGCUAUGCCCGCUGCUAUACCAAAACCUCCCCUGCCAGGAGGAGUUUAGCACAGGAGCUGGAAGAGGUGAGGAGGACCCGCCUCGCCGCCCCUGCCAUGCCGCCCCCGGCUCCCCACGGCAACCCACCUCCUCAGCAUCACCCGCCCCCACACCACCCCCUGGACCUCCGGCACAAUGCCAACGUGGUGCCUUCCGCCCGCAGGACUGGACACAAAGGGAGCGGGGGCUCCACAAAAGCCCCCCGCCUCCAGAAAGGCCAACAGACCCUGGGCACGGGGAGCAGGCUCAGCAACGGGGGGCCGCUGGUUUCCUUCCAACCCUUGGAGAACUCUUCAGGAGGGACUGGCUUGAAAGAGCAGGAGACUCAGCUGCCCACUAUGGACUGGGAAGCGCUGGAGAAACACCUGGCAGGCUUACAGUUCCAAGAGCAAGAGAUCCGGAGCCAAAAGGGCAACUACACCUCAGCUCAAAAAAAUGAGAGGGAGUCUAUCAGGCAAAAACUGGCACUUGGAAGUUUCUUUGAUGAUGGCCCAGGAAUUUAUACCAGCUGUAGUAAAAGUGGCAAGCCAAGCCUUUCUUCUCGGUUACAAAGUGGGAUGAAUUUGCAGAUUUGCUUUGUAAAUGACAGUGGCAGUGACAAAGAUAGUGAUGCUGAUGACAGCAAAACUGAAACAAGUCUGGAUACACCUUUAUCCCCCAUGAGCAAGCAGAGCUCUUCCUAUUCUGACAGAGACACUACCGAAGAGGAAUCCGAAUCUCUCGAUGACAUGGAUUUUCUCACAAGACAAAAGAAACUUCAAGCUGAGGCCAAAAUGGCCUUGGCAAUGGCAAAACCAAUGGCCAAAAUGCAAGUAGAGGUGGAAAAGCAAAACAGGAAAAAAUCUCCAGUAGCUGAUCUUUUGCCGCAUAUGCCUCAUAUAAGUGAAUGCUUGAUGAAAAGAAGCUUAAAACCCACGGACCUGAGGGAUAUGACAAUUGGGCAGCUACAAGUGAUAGUCAAUGAUCUACAUUCACAGAUAGAAAGCUUGAAUGAAGAAUUGGUGCAACUGCUGCUUAUUCGAGAUGAAUUGCACACAGAACAGGAUGCUAUGCUGGUAGACAUUGAAGACUUGACCAGUGCGGCCCCCUAUCAAUACCAUGGUAAUUUAGCACCAUUGCUGCAGACAAGACACGCUGAAAGUCAGCAGAAGCACAUGGCCGAGAAAAUGCCGGCAAAGUAAAGUGAGAAGCCAUCAGACUAAAGAAUGAUCUAGAACUUUUUGCUUCUGUGGUUGUACAAAUGCUGAUGCUCCACGUGUGGCGCACAAGAAAAUCAGUGUUAGUCAUUGAUUAAGAGGCGCAAUCUGCCAAGCACCAGGAUCCCUGCACGAGUCCCCCCCCCCUUUGAGACGAAUGGUGGAUGCACAGCGACAGUGCUUGGCGAAUUGUUCCCAGUGUCUGAAGCUUUAUGUCCAGUGAUUGGCCUACGCUUUUUAAUUUAUUUGCUGUUGUGUGUUUUUUUUACUUGUGCCACUAAAUAUUGGACAGUUCAAUAAUCUUAUUGUAGAACAAAAUGUACAGUACUUAUAAACAUUGCAAACAUGAAAGAAGAAGACAGAGGGUAGUUUAACUUUUAUUUUCGUUUAUUUUAGAGACGUUUGAGUUGAACAGUAUUUUACCAUUGACUACUUUUUGUUAUUUCACCAUAGUUUUAAACAAAAUGAGACUGUAAUUUGAUGGUGCUAUACAAGUAACAGAGAAACAUACAUGCCUGCCUCGUAGUGAAGUUGUAGCUUUCAGUAAUAUGUAUAUUUUAAUCAGUUUUCAACAUUUUGUGAAUGUUGACUACCUGACAUUCAUUUUUAGAUGUGCUAUUAACAUGCAGUUGGGUUGAAAGAGUUACCU